GCUCUUAGACAUGCGUCCAAAUUGCGCAGACUAGCGGGAAAUACACUCACAAAUCUGAGGGAUUGAUAUGCGUUUCUGGGACGCAUUGUUGGUGGUCGUCUGUUUUGUAUUUGCAUCUCGCGCGAAUUUUGGAUUCGGGGUUAAACAGGACCGGCGGAGCGGGAGAGCUGCGGAUCAGUCAGUGUGAUUAAUAUAGUUAUAAAUACAGAUUAUUGAGGUCAGAUAUUGUGUUCACGAGGUUUUACAGCAAUGGCGGAUCAGAGCUAUUACUCCCCGAGCUUUAAGAAGCCCUCCGAGGUUCUGCGGAUGCGGAGGAAGAGGGCGCGGAGUGAGGGAGUCUCUGCGGGCUCUGGAGGCGCCGCUCCGGGCUCCGCGGGGUUAGCCGGGGUUCGGCCCUUCUCUCCGGGGCCGCUGCUGCUGAAAGGCCCGGUCCGGACCGGCAGUGGCGGCGCGGUUAAGCGCAGGAACCCAUUCGCUAACAUUGAGAACACAUAUAACAGCCCGGGGAAGCGGAGGGCCGUGUCCUGCGCCGCGGAGGAGCCGGGCUGCGGGGGGGCUGCAGGCGGGCGCUGUGAGGCGGAGAGUCCGGGAGAGCAGACCGCCGGCUUCGGCUCCUCUCUCACCGACCUGCUCUAUAAUAAUAACACUACUGCUGCUGCUAAACACACCAAAACACACAAGAACGUAUCAUUUUCUGAAGAAGACUCAUUAUUCGAAGAGGAUUUAUUUGGGCCUGAAAAAGCAACCCCCAUUUUAAAGAAUCCAGAAGCUCCUGAGGUUGGCGAUUCUCCUGCUCCAGAGGUUUGCAGAGAAUAUCCAGCAGACUGGAGUCUGAAAACCAGGCUGCUCUUCACUUCCCCUCACUCCUUCUCCUGGGCUGAACACUUAAAGGCACAAGAAGAAGCACAAGGCCUGAGUUUGCACUGCAGGGCAGAGUACGCCAGUCUGCCACUCAACAUCCAGGACCCCCGUAGCUGCACAGAGCUGCGCUGUGGUUUCCAGCAGUGUCUGCAGUACUGGCAGCACCCCUCUCUGCCCUGGCUCUCACUCUUCCCCAGGAUUGGAGCCGAGCGCAAGUUCGCCGGCAAGAACACGCCAUGGGCACAGGACGCUGCGGUUCAGCAGAGCCUGAUGAGCGAGUGGUCAGGCAGUCUCACCUCUCUGUACAGUCUGCUGAAGGCCAGACUCUGCCCGUACUUCUACGUCUGUUCCUAUCAGUUCACUGUGCUGUUCAGAGGAGCAGGACUGAGUGGGGCUAAGGGCAUCACUGCUCUUCUUACCCCCACCACCAGGGGGCUCCGCGAGGCCAUGAAGGCUGAUGGGAUAGAGUUCUCACUCCCUCUACUGGAGGAGAAGAGGAAGAGCAAAGAGAGCAGCUCUCAGCAGACUGAUGGAGAUGAACCAAGCAGUGCUGUGACGUCACAGUGUACUGAUGAUAAGAAAGAAGAUGAAUAUGAUGAGGAUGACGACGACGACGACGAUGAUGAUGGUGGUUUGUCUUGGCUGCAGGACAUGGGAAUACAGGACAAGAUCAAGAAGCCUGAUAGCAUCUCAAUCAAAAUGCGUAAGGAGCACAACGAGGUGCGGCUGGACCACAGGCCGGAGUCCGUAGUGCUGGUAGAGGGCUCCAACACUUUCACCCUGAUCAACUUCCUCAUUAACUGUAAGAGUCUGGUGGCUGGAGCUGGUUCUCAGGCUGGGCUGCCCCCAACCCUGCUGGCCCCGACCGCAUUCAGAGGAGCUACACUGCAGAUGCUGAAGGCCCGGAGUGUGAAUGUGAAGACCCAGGUGAGAACAGGUUAUCAGGACGUGUGCAGUCUGGAGGUGACCGGCCCCAUCAUGCCCCACACUGUACAUGCACUGACUCAGCUGCUGAAACCAGCCCAGAAAGGAGCUUUCUCUGUGUCGCUGUACACACACGAGCCCAGCGCUGUCCUAAACGUACCUGUAACCAAGCCAUCUGAAUCAGAACAACAGAGCGACGCAGCGCAGUGUUUAGAGAGGUGUGGUCUGCAGCAGAGCACGGUGCAGCAGCUGGUGGAGCCGACCGUGCUCGGCAAGUCUGCCCUCAGGCAGCUCCACAUGAGAGACUUCUCUUACAGCUGGAACUCCUGAGGAACACCUGCCUCCUUCCAGUUCACCCACGAUCCUGUUUAUCUGACAAUACUGCUCUGUAAUUUAUGAAAUACGUUGAAAAAUCUUUGCCUCAGUUUCUCAUGCGAAAGACUUCUAUGCCAUAUCUGCACCCCUCAUUUAAGAGAGGCUGAGAUUUGAUCAGGACCUGAUUUAGCUGUGGCGUUUUGUAGAGAUCCCAAGGUACGAUCCCUCUAAAAGUGCCUAUUGAUUGUCUUGAUAUUUUGUUUUUUCAUUUUAUUCUCGAUUUAGUUUUCUACUUGUAGUUCAGUAACAGUGCAGUGCUUUACGUAUCAGCAUAACAUAAAUAUGUGACAGGAAAGAAAAUGUAGCUUUGUAUUGUGUGUUUUGGGUUUGAUAUUUUAUUGUAUGUAUGACAUUUUAUGUAAUUAAAUGAAUGCCUUGUG